GCACGUGAGGGCAAUUUGGUAAUUUCGAUACAUGCCUUCGAUGCGCCUAUAAAUGCUCUCCUCAUAAACCCUAGGGUUUCGUCCUCUUCGUCGCUCGCCGCAACGUGAGAUUCUACAGAGAAGAGGAGCCGCUCCGAGAUGGGCAAGGGCACGGGGAGCUUCGGGAAGCGGAGGAACAAGACCCACACCCUCUGCGUGAGGUGCGGGCGCAGGAGCUUCCACAUCCAGAAGAGCACCUGUGCCUCGUGCGGAUACCCCGCCGCUCGCAUCCGCAAGUAUAACUGGAGUGUGAAGGCAAUCAGGAGGAAGACAACAGGCACUGGGAGGAUGAGGUACCUCCGUCAUGUGCCUCAGAGAUUCAAGAGCAACUUCAGAGAAGGAGCUGAGGCUGUUUCGAAGAAGAAGAGAGGAGCUGCUGCUGCUGCUGCUGCUGCUACAAGUUAAUGGAUGAUUUUUAAGCAAUUAUUAGCUUGGACCUAUCAAUCAAUUUAGUAGUGUUUUUUUUUUAUUGUAACAUCUUGGUUUGUGUGUUUCCAAAUUAAGAUUGAGGGAGAGCUUAUUUUGUGGUUUUGUUGUUUUACAAUUUAUUGCAGUUUUUGGAUUUUAUCUAUUACGACUAGCCCAAUUUGAGUUUU